GUCCUUCGGCCUCAUCCCAAGCGCUUCAUCCUCGCAGCGGAUCGGAAGCACGCCCAGAGAGUGCUGGAAUAGGCUACAGCAGGAGCGAGAGGUCUUGGCUGGAGACGAAAGGCUUCUGAUGGAGGCUCUGGGAGGUCUGGCGGAAAAUGUCGAUGCUCCAGACAGCGCCUGGCUGCGGAGCUUCUGGGAGUCCUGGGACCUGCCUGUGCAUACAUGCCGUGCUGGGCACGCACUGCGCUUCCAAGUUGCAGCGGUUGCGGUGGCCGCCAAGCAGCUUUGUUUCAACAUCCGCGAGUUGAACGUUGUCCAGUGGCUGGACUGUCUCAACGACAAGAUCUUGCAAAUCUUGGCGGCCUUGGAGCGAUCCUUGUCACACAGGGCCAGAGGUGCCGAGGAGCCGUGGCUGGAGCAGUUUGUCAUGGAGCUGCUCCUGGCUGAGCAGCCUCCGUCCCUGUCCCCAGGCUUUCUGGUGCUGUCAGAGUUUGUAUCCGACGAGUCCGAAAGGAGCAUGGGCAGAAGUGACCUCUUUUUGCUGGCGCAGCGGAUCCUCCACCUACUUCGGAUGUGGCUGUGUGGAGUGCAACUUCAGCACCGCAAGAAGCGCUCGAGAGCAGCCACCCCCUGUUGGAGCCAGCUCAUGCACGGCCACUGCAGUAUUGUCGGCUGCGCCCAGGCUCACUCCUGGGGCCGGACGGAGGGUGAUGCCUUCGCUGCAGCACUGCGAUCCGCCACGGCGUAUCUUGAAACAGCCAGGCGCCUCGUGGAAAGCUCGGAGGUGGAGGCUGCUUGCAGGUCACUCCGCCGAGAGGAAGCGAGGAGCAAAGUGCUUCUGUGCCUUCGAUCGUGUGAAGAGGAGCUUUGCCGUUCUUGCCUUCCCGACUGGCACAGCAUGGGGUGGCUUUCACCGGGCUCACGGGCUGGGGUCGCUGCGGAGGCUGCGCGAGCGCCGCUCAUUCAGAGGCGAAUCGACGAACUUCUUGGCGACGUCCGUGCAGCACUCCGGCGGAAGGCCCUGGUAAAACCAAAGAAAUGGUUGGGCAUCGAAGAUGUCCUCAAGGCACCUUUGGUGCUGUGCCCCUUGGUGGACUUCCAUGGCCUACCAUCCCUCCGACAGCAAGUGCGGGAGGACACAGCCUGGGCACUGGCCAGCACGAUGCUGUCGAUCAUGGAAACUUUGCAGGCGGAGAACCCAGCAAGAGCACAAGGGGAGACGAAAAGACCGACAUACGACGAUCUCCUGAACUUCUUCGAGAUGACCUGUGAGGUAGUUCAGCACUUGGAAAGGUCGUGGAAGCGGCCGGAAUCAGGCAACAGCUACCCAUACUGCCCGGAAGUGGUGUGCCACCUGCUUGAGCAAGGAGUGGUCUGGGCAAAUGUGCUCCUGACCCGCAUGAGCAACACCACUUUGCCAGAGAGCUAUGUGCGAAUGCAUCUGAGCCGAUAUCCACACCUUGCUGGCCUGGCGGCGCAGAACGAGCUUCCACAAGGCAGAAGACUAAAAGUCAUUGCUGCCUUGCGGACCUUCGCACGUGCUGCUGCUAACUUCCUCGAGCACUCAGACCGCUUCGAGAACUGGGUGAAAGCUACAGAUCCUGAUGCGCAGCAUGCCACCAGUCAUUGUCUACGGCUGUUUCUAAUCAUUUUCAGUUCUGGCACCAUCAAUUGGCUGCGGCACCAGCGCAACACCAACGUCUGCGACGCAAUUCGCGGGAUAAGCUUUCAGCAACGGUUGCGGUUGAUGAACGGAGGGUCCCUCGACCUUUGCGCCGGGUCGUUUCCCAAGAAGCUUCAGUGGCUGGUUGCUGGACCACCCAGGGAUGAAUCUGCAACCAAUGGACGCCAGUUUGACCGCAUGACUCCAUGGGUUCAUGCAGUGCUCAGCGACUUCAAUAACCCGCUGGUCAUCCUACACCGGGGAGCUUGCAGCGAUGCGCCACCGGGCUGGACGUACGGGCAGCGCCAUUUGGAAUUCCAUCGGGAGGACUUUGUGAAGGAGGAAUUCUUGCCGAAGCUCUACGCUUGCCUCAACUCUAAGCCGAAAGGCCCAAUUUGGGAAGAGACUGGGGAGAGUCGGAGGCCUGGCUUCGUCACGGUGUCCCAUCCGCCAGUCCGGCGAGUCAUCGUCUACAGGCCAGGCCAGGAGGCUUGCGACUUCUCGGGCCUGUUUGUGGCGAGCUCUCCGCAAGAAUCAGAAAGCUCUCCGCCGGAAGACUCCCAUGAGGGUGGCUUCGUCCUCAACACGGAUGCCAGCAACGAAGCUAACCAGGAGCAUCACUUCGAGGGUGAUUUGGAGGCCGCUGCUGCUCUCGCAGUGGAAGCCCAAACCCUUCCAUUGCGGAUGGUCCUAGUGCUCCUGAUCGCUUUGCGGCGUAUCCGAGUUCGGCUUGCAGCCACAUCUGGGCCCCGAGAUGUGCUUGUGCGAAGCUCCCUGGCGUGGCUCGCGCGUGAGCAGGCGUCACCUCAAGAACGAAGGAUCUACCUUCGCUUUGUGGUGCCUGUCCUCGCCAAGAGUCAGGAGGAGACAAGGUUGAACGCACUCCGCCAGGAGGUCGGACAUCGAGCCGGGUCGCCGGAGGAUAAGGCCGCGAUCAUGCAAGUCCAGGAGCUGUUGGAUGAGAUGCAGGUGAUGGCCACCCAGUUCCGUCAAAAGCACGAGCAGCAGCGGGUGCAGGAUGGUUUGGAGGAGGAUGUCGCCGCCUAUUGGUCUAGCCAUCGUCGUUGCUUUGAGCAGCUGCUGGAGGCCACAUGCAUGCUUGGGCUACAGCACCGGCUGCUGACGGAGAAGCACGUCGCACAGGUCCGAAAGUGCCUGCAGAACCUGCCUUCGAAGUCGAAGACCGUCCGCCGUUGGAGAAACCGCAAAGCCACCCGACUGGGCAGAUCAGUCGAAGAGCGCUAG